UGGCAAUGGAUUCGAUCAGAGCUCUGAUUCAAUUGACUGUUGUUUAUCAUUUAUGUUUACUGUCAAAGAACGAAAAUUCUUAAUACGUGCAUCUCCACUGCAUGCACGCUACCAUUGCACACUUGCAGUCAAACACCGUUUUUACAUUAGCCGAGCUAUCAGUUGAUAGACGAUCGCGAUGAGUGAUGAAUCGGAGGACGGCGACAGUGUGUUCAGUAGCGGCGUUCAGUCGUCGUGCAAGCUGCACAAGGACACGUCGAUCCUUCGCUCGUACCAUCUCAGGACCUUCAGUACUAUCAUACGAGGCAACUCUCCGCAGCUUGUGCGCACUCCGCACGUCAUCGUCAUGGUCGGCCUGCCCGCCCGCGGCAAGACCUACAUCUCCAAGAAGCUGAUGCGAUACCUCAACUGGAUCGGCGUCAACACGCGGGUGUUCAACGUCGGUGACUACCGCCGCAAGGCGUGCGUCAGCGCGUGUUACCAGAGCAACGACUUCUUCAGCGUUGACAACGAGGAGGCGCAGACGCUCCGCAACCAGGCGGCGGUGGAGGCGCUCGAGGACAUGUGCCAUUGGCUGGAGGACGACGGCGAGGUCGGGAUUUACGACGCCACGAACACCACCAGAGAGCGCCGGAAAAUGCUUCACAACAUCAUAACGGUAAAGUACGGCUACAAGGUGCUGUUCGUGGAAAGCGUCUGCAACGAUCCGGCCGUCGUCGAGAGCAACAUCAUGGAGGUGAAGGUCAACAGUCCGGACUACAAGGGUGCCGACCCUGAGUUUGUCGUGAAGGACUUCUGUGAGCGGAUCGAGCAUUACAAGCGCGCGUACGAGCCGAUCGAUGAGAAGCUCGACAGCACAUACUCCUUCAUCAAGCUGUUUGACGUCGGGGAGAAAUUCCUCGUUAACAAGGUUACAGAUCACAUUAUGGCUAAGAUAGUGUAUUAUCUAAUGAACAUUCAUAUCACACCGAGGACAAUCUACCUGACCCGACACGGGGAGAGCGAUUUCAACAUGGAUGGCAAGAUCGGCGGAGAUUCUGACCUCACAGAGCGAGGCCAACAGUACGCUCAGGCGCUGGCCAAGUACGUUGAGGAGCAGAACGUGCCGCACAUGCGCGUGUGGACGAGUCACAUGAAGCGCACGAUCCAGACUGGCGCCUCCAUCGAAGGCACGCAGGAGCGCUGGAAGGCUCUCAACGAGAUCGACGCGGGCGUCUGUGAGGAGAUGACAUAUCAGGACAUCGAGAAGAAGUUUCCGCAGGAGUUUGCGCUCAGGGAUCAGAACAAGUUCCGCUACCGCUACCCCGGCGGCGAAUCUUACGAAGACCUCGUCGCUAGACUCGAGCCGGUGAUAAUGGAACUGGAGAGGCAAGGUAACAUCAUGGUCAUUAGCCACCAGGCCGUAAUCCGAUGCUUGCUCGCUUAUUUCCUCGACAAAGACUACGAUGAGUUGCCGUAUCUAACCUGCCCCUUGCACACUGUCUUGAAACUGACGCCAACGGCUAUGGGCUGCAUUGUAGAACAGAUUACAUUUAACAUUGGCUGUGCCAACACCCACAGACCUAAACCCACCUCGCCGAAUGGCACGUACAGCAACGACGACUCGGGGAAUCUGACGACGCGGUAACCAUGAGCAGCAGACCUCGUCACCGUCGUCGUCGGUAACCAUGGAGAUGGCGAGCGCGGAUGCCAGGUUGCCAUAGUUGCAGAGUCCACUGUCGAGCCUGCGGCUUGGGUUCCCACAAUGCACCUCGUACGGGUACGAAUUCAUGCGCAGUAACCUCAAUAUGUAAAUAUAGACAUACGUGUAGCCACUGUUUCUUAACGCGGGAAGGGAUGCUGCGUUAUCACGAAGCGAUGAUGUAACGUCGUUGCCCGUGCUCACAAUAAUAAACGCUGCAUAUAAAACGUUCACGACGCAAUACUAUGUAUACGUGAUGAGAGUGCAUGGAUGGUCCAAUCCUGUGUCAACUUUAGUAUUUGCCUUGCAUGUUGUUCGGCGCAGUAUCAUGCUAUUAUAGACAGGGCGUAUGCGACAGCAUCAGACAGUGUGCAAAUCAUGCAAGGUUGUGUAAUAAUUAAACAGUAUUUAUGUUGUGUGUUGUCAGCAGUGGUACAGUUCGUUAAUAUAUAUAGACAUUCUAAGUUCUCCAAAGUCUUCUAUGAAACAGUUUCCGUGGCAGGCAUGAUACAUGUCUUCAUUCUAUAAUAUCACCAGCCCUUGUAGACUGGAGGCAGUAAGCUUGUUGAAAGAUGCUUUUUGCUGUGUAAAUAUAUAGGUAUGUUAAAAUAAAGAUGUUGUUGUUUGUUGUUGCAAAA